AUGCCGCGAAGGCCCAUCACAUCAGAUCCAACGAAGCGCAGAAGGUCAGACGGCACAAGAUCGCGAAAUGGGUGUCGCACCUGUCGCGCCCGCCGCAUCAAAUGCGACGAAACCCCCAACCAAUGCAAAAACUGCACAUCAACCGGGCGCUCUUGUACCUAUGACAUCCAUCGCCUCCCCCGUGCCGCAAAUAAUACGUACCGUUUUCCCCACGACCUACUCCCUCAAGUAACGGACGGCUUCCGCUGGACGAUAACAUCCGACGAGCGGCGCUGCUUCUCACACUUCCAACACUUUACAAUCCCAGGAUUACUGGAAUUAUUCGACUCGGAACUAUGGAAGCAGCUCGUCCUUCAAAUCAGUUACUCCGAGCCGGCAGUCUACCACGCUGCGGUGGCCUUGAGCGCCGUACACCAGGACGUCGAGGUAUCGGGGAUGCCAUUGCCAGGACAGACUCGACAGAAUAUCUGGCAGAAGUUUGCACUCGAACAGUCCGCACGCUCAUUCGGGAUAUUAAGCCGACGGCAUGCGAGUGAUCCCCACUUGAGAGAGGUCAUGUUGCUCUGUUGUCUUCUAUACUCGCUCCUAGAGCUCCUACAGGGCCAAUACGAGCGAGCAUGCCACCACCUCCAAGGAGGCCUACGUAUACUCCGAGAGCUCAAAGUCCAGAAGCCUCUAGCAGACGAAACUGAGUCACCCGUGGAGAAAUGUUUAGUGGCAGCCUUCGUACAGCUAGAUAUCCAAUCGACAUACUACGGCGUCGACGGACCAGUUCUAUGCGUGGACAACGAACUAGGCAAAUACCAAUGGCAACUGAAAAAUACCGAGUCAUUCGCAAGCCUCAUCGAGGCCCGUCAAGCCAUCGAGCCCCUAGUCAGUGGAGUAUUCCGAUUCACAUCACAAUCCUGGCCACUAUCUCCCGCCGACGUGGCGAGAGAUUACAACGCCCUGCUUCCGCGUCAAUACCAACUCCUCUCCCAAUUAACCCACUACGCCGAACUCUUCACCCCAUUCUACACCCACGCAUACCCCACCCUCACGCGAAAAGAGCAACGCGGCUCCGACAUCAUCUACAUCCUCCACCGGACCCUCACACUGUCCGUCAAAACCUGCCUCCUAGCCAAGAACCCCGCCGUGCUCGACAUCUACACCCCGGAAUACCAAGAAGCAUUAUACCUCGUCGAAGCACUAUUACACAAGUACCCCGAACGACCAGCAUUCACACUAGACGUGGGCAUUCUACCCAGCUUGUAUCUGAUCUCGUUCGGAUGCUACGAUAUCCGAGUACGGCUGCGCGCCAUCGAAGUGCUGCAGCAAUGGCCGCAUCGGGAGGGACUGUUCGAGUCGAAAUGGGCGUCGUUUCUCUUGCUGGAGUUUGUGAAAGCGGAUAUCAAGAAGGAUGCGGAGAAUGUGCCAGAAUUGACGGUGAGUGAGGGUUCCGCGUCCGGGUCUGGCUCAAGUUCGGCUGCGAGUUCGCCCUCUGCUACGGUGGAUCAGUAUAUGUCUACUGUUGGGCAUAUUGAGCGCGUUCAGCAGCAGAUUAUGACUGGUCAGGACUUUCUGUUGCAGGAUGCGCUGCAGAGCGCGGAUUAUUUGACUUCGUGGUCGUGCGUUAAGGCGAUAGCGCCGAAGAGGGGGCGCAUGGCUAAAGGAUCAUCUACUUAA